AUGUCGUCCAGUUCAUGGAUCUUGGAAGAGACCACCUUACCAAAACUUGGUUGUCUCGGCCAAGGCGACUAUGGCUACAUCUCUCUCGUUCGAACCCCUGAUGGUAUGCUCAUGGCUAAGAAAACAUCUCUCCGCAAAUACUCAGAGAAUCUGGAGAAAGAAUUAAGGAUCUUACAUCACUUCAACUCCAUCAAUUUCAAGAUCGUAAGACCCACAAGCCCUCUCAUCUAUCACGAAACCAUGCCCGUCAAUGUCAAGGUCAGCUCUAUCUACAUGGAAGUCGCACCGCAUGGUUCACUCAAAGACAUGCUAACCAAAGCCGGUGGGAGAUUACCGGAGAACGUGGUCGGGUAUUGCACACUCAUGAUUCUUAAAGGGCUCAAGGAUCUUCACCAGGCAGGUUACGUCCACUGUGAUCUCAGGCUAGAGAACAUACUCAUCUUCAAGACCUACACUCAUGGAGAGCUUUGUGAACUCAAACUUGCUGAUUUCGGUUUAUCCAAGGAGCCUAAUGGACCUAUACCAUUGGAAGGGUCUCUGUUCGAGGGAAGCCCGGAUUACUUGGCUCCAGAGGCGGUCGGGCCAGAUAGGAUUAUCUCGCCGGCGGUUGAUAUAUGGUCUUUAGGUGUUAUGGUGGUUAAGAUGUUGGGGCCGCCGCCUAUUGUUAUGCUAAGAGGAAGAGUUAUUUUCCUGUCGGAGGUUCUAUCAUCGAUGGCUUUCGACUUUGUGAGCAAGUGCACUGUGCGUGAUCCGGCGGGUAGAGCCACCGCAGAGGAUCUGCUGAGCCAUCCUUUUGUUAGGCAAAGUAUUGGGGUUCCACCGGUUGAGAUGCUUCCGGUUCCUGCUUGCUUAAGUGACGGAGUGGUUCAAGGAAGGUUUAUCUAG